CACUCUCCGAGACCGAGAGUUUCAACGUGAUCCCGGGAAAUUGUCGUUUCCGAUCGGAAAAUCGGAAGAUUCUCCUCCCCGAAAUUUGAUCCAGUGAAUAUGAAUUGCGAAGUUUGUCAGUUGAAGGAACUGGAAGUCGAACACUUCGAGAUUCGUGAGGUUUUGCGCUGCCUUCUACAUACUAUUGUCUUUCAUCGAGCACUCGGUCUUAUUCGGCCCAAAGAUAUUGAUCUGGAGCUUUUUGAGAUCACAUACGUACAAUGCGGUGAAAUAGAAGUGGAAAAGAAAAUCGAUGAGAAAAUUGAGCAAUUCAUGAGUUGGGUUGAUAAACACCCCAACAAGAAAAGUCAGAUAUGUUUAUCAUUUUAUGAAGUCAAAAGCAAACAACCAUCUUGGUUCACUAAUAAAAUCGAAAGGCUGUAUUGGGAGCAAUGGUACAUCAAUCUGAAUGUGACUCAGCCUGCAAAAUCCCAAACCAGCAAAUCCCAUCAUUCUAAAGUAGUUAUAGAUCCAGGGGAGGCGUCUGAGGAGAGAAGUGCUCGUAGGACCAUGCUUGAGGCUUCACUUCAAGAGGUCUUGUUCCAAAUCAUAAAAUUUGUGAAUGAGAAAAAGGAUCACGUUCCUCCCAUAACCGAUUCUGUGCUCUACUUCCCGUUUGAAGUCAUUAUCCCAAGCUCAUCAGACUCCGCCUUUGGGAUGGAUAUGAUUAAGAGGAUGCUCCAUACCGGCCAUCCAACCAUGCUCGGCUAAAUCACCCAUGCCCAUAGUUCCUCAGAGUGACCAUUCUCCAAGGUACAAACCGCUCAACUUAUUAACUAUUACUACGGCCAGUUACAUUCACAUGUGGUAAAUCCGAAGGCUGACACUGGUAAACGUAAAUCUGAGUCAUCAUGUCCUUGUUUGCAUUCUCCUGUCCAAAUAUUCAGAUUUGUCUCUUUGCCCCGUUUGCUUCUUUCCUCGUGCUCUGCCCUUUUCCAAUGGGUUAUGAUGUUGCUCAUUUACUCUGUAAAUAUGUGCCUCAUUGUAUAGUCUCGUUCAAAGUCUUUGUUUUUGUUACGUUAUCAUCCUUUAAAAAAAUGUAUAUUUUUGAAUA